AUGGCUGCCAAGCCAGGAAGUUGGAUGAGAAACUGGGUGGGGCAGAGACUGUCCAUCUCCAUUGUGUUUGGCUGUUCCCUCAUCCAAGCUGGCCUUUGUGUUGUGUGGCUGGUAACCUCUCCCCCAUUCCCUGAUGCUGACAUGGAGUACCUGAAUGAACAAAUUGUACUGGAAUGCAAUGAGGGCUCUGUGACCAUGUUUUACUGUGUCUUGGGUUACAUGGGUUUCCUGGCAGUUAGCAGUUUCAUUGUGGCUUUUCUUGCCAGGAAGUUACCCGACAGUUUCAAUGAAGCCAAGUUCAUCACUUUCAGCAUGCUGGUCUUUUGCAGUGUCUGGUUAUCUUUUGUUCCCACUUACCUGAGCACCAAGGGGAACUACAUGGCAGCUGUGGAGAUCUUCUCCAUCCUAUCAUCCAGUGCUGGGUUGCUUGGCUGCAUCUUUUCCCCCAAAUGUUACAUUAUUCUGCUGAGACCUGAGAGGAACAAGAGGAAAAUAUUAAGAAUGAAAAAGCAGGAAGAUUAAUGAAAUUGAAAUGUCCGUUUACUUUUUGUUCAACAUUUGGAUUGGACAAAA